AUGUAUCGUGGGCAUGGAAUUCUACAGAAAAUUGGACAAAGGAACAUAAAACGCCACGUACACCGAACGGCGACGUCUUGCAUGCCUACUAUCGUGGCAUUAACUACUACGGUGGGCGUUGAAGAUCUUACUUCCACUAAGCUCAUGUCAGCCAACUGUCACAAUCAAGAUUGUAUUUGCCCCGCACGAAGACACCAGAGGGCUCACUGUACGCUGCAUUCGACACCUGGACGAUAUUAUGGCAAAGUGUAUGAGGCUAUGCGGAUGCUUGGGCCUGAAGAGAACCCAUUGAGCAGUGUUGUUAACCUGACCAGUGACAUCAUUAUCAACUGCCAGAAGGUUCUUGUCGUCAAUUUUGGGAUUAUUUCUGUGAGUACGCUACCUAAUGAUACAGCAAUGGAUCCAAUUACCAUGGAUAAUGCAGUCCGUAUACGACCUUCAAAUGCAAUUGCGUAG